GACCCUCCAAUCCGUUGACUUUCUUUCAUCUCUCCGUUUGACUCCUUCUAUACUAAACCCACCUAAACACACACACACACAGAGAAACGCAAGAAACGAAAACCAAGAAGCUCCCUCCUGCUACUGUCGCUGCUGCUCAUUUCAAUCUCAAAUGGGGCAGUGUUACGGCAAGACCAUCCCUUCAGAUGACCCCACAAACGCCAACGCCACCACUAUAACCCACUCUCCCCUCCCUUCCUCCGCCUCCAAGCCCACCCCGGCAAGAACUCCGGCCAGAUCAUCCAACACCAAUCUCUGGCCUAGCCCAUUUCCCCAAGAUGGUCAAAGCCCACUUCCUGUUGGGGUUUCUCCAUCGCCUGCAAGAUCAACUCCUAGGAGGUUUUUUAAACGGCCCUUUCCUCCUCCCUCUCCGGCGAAGCAUAUCAAGGCUUUGAUUGAUAAGAGGUUUGGGAAGCCCAAGGAAGGCCCAAUUCCUGAAGAUGGGGGAUUGGUGGUUUCUGAUAGUGAUCAGCAAUUGGAUAAGAAUUUUGGGUUUAAUAAGAAUUUCGGGGGUAAGUAUGAAUUGGGGAAGGAGAUUGGUAGGGGGCAUUUUGGUCAUACUUGUCAUGCUAAAGGGAAGAAAGGUGAUCUCAGAGAUCAUCCUCUCGCUGUCAAGAUCAUUUCUAAAUCAAAGAUGACUACAGCUAUAUCAAUUGAAGAUGUACGCAGAGAAGUAAAAAUAUUGAAAGCUCUAUCUGGGCAUAAGAAUUUGGUCAAAUAUCAUGAUGCCUGUGAGGAUACCAACAAUGUUUACAUAGUCAUGGAGUUGUGUGAAGGUGGAGAACUGCUCGACAGAAUAUUGUCACGAGGUGGCAAGUAUACAGAAGAGGAUGCAAAGCUUAUUGUUGUUCAAAUUUUGAGUGUGGUUGCUUUCUGUCAUCUUCAAGGAGUUGUACACCGCGACUUAAAGCCUGAGAAUUUCCUAUUUAGCUCAAGAAAUGAAGAUGCAGAUAUGAAGCUUAUUGAUUUUGGUCUUUCUGAUUUUAUUAGACCAGACGAAAGGCUCAAUGACAUCGUUGGAAGUGCAUACUAUGUGGCACCAGAAGUCCUACAUAGGUCAUAUAGUGUGGAAGCAGAUAUCUGGAGUAUUGGUGUCAUUACCUAUAUAUUGUUAUGUGGAAGCAGGCCAUUCUGGGCAAGAACAGAAUCAGGAAUUUUCCGUGCUGUACUGAGAGCUGAUCCCAACUUUGAUGAUAUGCCUUGGCCUUCUGUAUCACCAGAAGCAAAAGACUUUGUAAAAAGGCUUCUGAACAAAGACUACAGGAAAAGGAUGACUGCUGCACAAGCUCUAACUCACCCAUGGUUGCGAAGUGAAAGCCAUCCUAUACCGCUAGAUAUAUUAAUGUAUAAAUUGGUAAAGUCGUACCUUCACGCGACACCUUUCAAACGUGCAGCACUGAAGGCUUUAUCAAAAGCAUUGACUGAGGAUGAUUUGAUUUACCUUAGAGCUCAAUUUAUGCUCAUGGAACCUAAUAAAGAUGGCCGUGUUUCCCUUGAUAACUUCCGAACAGCUCUCCUACGAAAUGCGACUGAUGCAAUGAAGGAAUCACGGGUUCCUGAUAUUCUUAAUUCGAUGGCACCUCUUUCUUAUCGGAAGAUGGACUUCGAGGAAUUCUGUGCUGCUGCAAUCAGCACAUACCAACUUGAAGCUCGCGAAGAGUGGCAGCAUAUCGCAUCUACAGCAUUUGAGCAUUUUGAACAGGAGGGUAACCGUGCAAUCUCAGUGGAGGAAUUAGUACGGGAGCUGAAUGUUCCUCCUACAGCUCAGUCUGCUCUUAAAGAGUGGAUCAGAGGAGAUGGGAAGCUCACUUUGCUUGGCUAUACCAGAUUUUUGCAUGGCGUGACUCUUCGCAGUUCAAAUACAAGACAUCAGUAGCUUUUUCUAGAAUUUGGCAAAGGAUAGCAAUUGAUUAUUAUGGCAUUCAAAGGAUUUGAAGGUAGGUCUUUACCCUUUAGAGGCGGGAGACAAAAAUUGUGUACAAAUGAAAUAUAGUAGUCAACGGGGAUUCCGUCUAGGCAAUUUAAAUUGGCAGAAAUUUUCCUUGUUGUCCAAGUCCUUUCCAUAUUGCAGAAAUUCGUUCAGGUUUGAGCUUGAAGCUCUAAACCUUGUAAAAGUUUGUUUGUAGAACAUUCUGGUCUUAAAAUCUGGUCCGGCCGUUGUGUUUGAAUCUGACAUAGAAGGAUUUUUCUGGCACGGACUAUUUCAAGUGCCUUAAAACUCUUGUGCAGUUAAUGGAUUCAAAACAAUAAAAAUAGAGAUUUGAUAUUUCUUGAA